AUGCCUUCAACUCCCGAACAUCAGCCCUUCCUGAAAUACUCGGACGACCCGGCGGCCGAGGAAGCAAGUCCACCACAGCAGCAUGUUCAACGCAGAACUGCUCUCGUAUCCCACAUUUUAGUCUUCGUUGGUACAUCAGUAGUGUGGGUUUUGGUUAUGUUGUUUGUCGUCCCUUCAUCAAAGAUAGCGAUUGCGAGGUAUCACGCGGCUCAGAACGGCAUGUCAUGGCAUGAAAGACACAACAUCACUGGUGGGAGACACAACAUCACUACCGGCAGAAGGCUUGUAUCAUGCGGCAAUUCAACGACAGAGGCCAGAGCACAAGGUUGCAAAUACGACAUCCUCUUGAACCACUGGGUCCCAGCCCCAUGCUUCGACAAAGAUUCAGUCGAUGAAUACCAAGAAGACAACAGUUGGGGAGCCUUCGCCGACACAAAAUUGACGCAGAAAUUGACCAUUGACGAGAUGUCGGAGAGAGACUUCUACUGGACAUCUACCCGGGAUCACAUCAAUCACUGCGCUAUCAUGUGGAGGCGUCAGUACUAUGCCCUUUUCGACCAGCGUGCUGCGGUGGACUCCAUCAUAACAAGCCCGGGACAUACCGAGCAUUGCUCUCAAUAUCUUAUGGAUGUGGUGGACGCGCGUUGGACAGACCCGACGAAAACAAUGAGAGGGUUUGCUGGAUGCUGGAUCCUUGAUUGA